AUGGAUAACAAAAAAAGGAAAUUGCCCGCCUGUGAAGUAUGCCAACAGCCGGCCAAUCAAACAUGUGGUGGAUGCAAAUCCGUCUUCUAUUGCUCAAGAAAUCAUCAGAAGACCGCAUGGAAAGAACACAAAUUCCAAUGCCGCCCAUUCGAAAUCCAGUUUUCAAAUACAGCUGAUAGAUAUUUGGUAGCUACAAGGGAUAUUAAGCAAGGAGAAAUUAUAUUAAGAGAAAAGGCAGCUGUAAGUGGACCAAGAACGGCGUGUACCGCUCAUUGUCUUUCGUGUAAUAAAAAGUUGGAACCAAUGAAUGAAGAUAAAACGUUAGAUUAUUACAAAUGCUCAGAAUGUAACUGGCCUAUGUGUGGUCUUAAAUGUGAGAAAUCCAGUGUACAUAAAGAGGAAUGUAAGCUUAUGUCCAGUAAUAACUACAAAAGCAACAUCACAUACAAAAAUCCUGAGAAAGCAGAGGCAGCAUACUGUGUAAUAGCGCCUUUGAGAAUGCUCUUACUAAAAACAUCAAAUCCAGAACAAUACAACAGUCUUAUGAGUCUAGAAUCACACGUAGAGAAGAGAAUUAAUACACAACUGUAUUCCAUUCUUAAAACCAAUCUUGUUACGUUUAUUGUUCAAGUGCUGAAACUCCCAUUUGACGAGGACACCAUAUUGAAGGUAGCAUCAAUAUUAGAUACGAAUUCGUUUGACGUGAGAUCGCCGGACGGUGUAAGUAGAUUCAGAGCAAUAUAUAAUACAGCUGCAAUGAUUAACCAUAAUUGUACGCCUAAUACUCGACAUAUAUAUUUAGGUGACGAUUAUACGUUGGCAUUAAUCGCAACUGUGCCAAUCGCAAAGGGGGAGACGCUGACAGCAGCGUACACCCAAGUCCUAUUGAGUACAUUAGAUAGAAGAAAACACUUAUAUACCACCAAGUACUUUCAUUGUGAUUGCGAGAGGUGUAAAGAUGAAACUGAAUUUGACACUUAUCUUGGAAGUAUUUACUGUUCGUUAUGCGCCAGGGCUACAGUAGAAAACAAACCAAUGAUGCUGUCUACAGAUCCUUUAAACGAAACAGCACUUUGGAAGUGUGGAAGUUGCGGCCAUUGUGUUGAAAGUCGUCAAAUGUUUUGGGGGAACAAUGCUUUGAAACAAGAUCUGAAUAAAAUGAAUAAGAAAAGGCCUGAGGACUAUGAGACAUUUAUCAAAACAUAUAGCCAUACUUUACAUCCAAAAAACCAUUUGGUUGUGCAAGCAAAACUUGCUUUGAUGCAGAUUUAUGGCAGUCAAGAAGUGUACAGUCUAUCAGAACUAUCGGAUGAGUUACUAGAAAGAAAGGUAGAGAUAUGCCAUGACCUUCUAGAAAUAGCAGAUAAGUUGGAGCCAGGCUGGUCCAAGUUCAGAGGCUCUGUACUUCUAGAACUCCAAGGCGCUAUGGUGAUGCAGACGAAGCGAGAUUUUGAAGCUGAUAAGAUUACAAAAAGUGGCGCUCAGGAGCAAUUAAUGGAGAGUAUGGUUUUACUUCAAGAAGCCGUGAAUAUUUUAAAAGUUGAACCACAUAUGAAAGAGGCUUUGGAGGAGAAGGUUCAAGAAUUGUCAACGUUAAUGGAAACAACGUCGAUUGAAGGUAGUUGA